CCGGCGUCGCUGCCGGCAGAACGGGUAGAACGAAUGUCCCGCAUGCACGGCGGUGUAUUUGUCGGUCAUUUGUAUUUGGAACGCCGUAGCAGACAGAAGGACACGGGUGAAAAAGCGACGAAGCGUGCGAACGGAGUGGAGCGGCUACUUUUAGCGCCCUUUUUUGUUUCAUUUUCCCCACUCACAAAAACGCAACAUUUUUGGCAACAACUUUUCGGCAAACCAAUUGAAAAACAAACUAAACGAACUAAUCGCGGCUCGGGAAUCAACAACAAAUUCAAUUCCGAUGCAAUACUUGUGUUCGUAAACAAUUUUUUUCUGUUCGAUCCGAUCCCCGAUAAACGAUAAACGCGAAUUCCAGUGAUCUUUCGGAAAAGGGCGAAGCGGAAAGCGAACCCAAACCGAAAAACUCUAAAUCACCGCUAAAAAAAAAGUGGCGAGAGAGAGCAAGAGUGAGAGAUAGAGAGAGUGUGUGCGAUCACAUCGCAUCGCCAUUCUCGCUUCCCUCGCGAUUCGCAAAAACAAAAUUCGAAAUUCAAAAUUGACCAGCAUUCGUUGCGGUUCCGAUAUUGGUUUCUUCAGUUCAGUUCAGUUCAGUUUCGUAUUAUUUAUCGAGUCUGCUGUUGUGUGUCUUUCGCUUCGCCGAAGAGGAGCGGCGAGAGAGAAGAAGGCGGAGGAGCGGAGCAGAAGGAGAAGGAGCGAAGCAGCAGUCCAAGUCCAACGAAGAAGUGCCCAAAGCGAGGCGCAGAUAAUACAAAUACAAAGCACAAAAAAAACAACAAAAAAUCACAAAAAAAUAAAACGAAACGAGAGCAUAUAACAUAAAAACCCAAAACAAAAACGAUCGGCUCAGCAGAGCCAACGAAAAGCAAACAGCAAUAGCAGCAGGAGCAGAGGAUGCACCACUGAUCCCGGAGAGCUCGAGACAUGAGAAGCGGAACACCGAGCAGCCACCAAGCAUCGACUUAUGUAGCGGUCCAUGACGAGUAUUAAGACCGAGAUGCCGCCCCUGCACGCGGCAGAGGCGCUCGCCUCCAGCAGUGCCACCGACAGUGGCGGGGGAGGAGCAGGAGGAGGAGGAGGAGGAUCGGGCGGCCCAGGAGCGGGAGGAUCGGGCGGCGUUGGCAGUGCGCCCGCUACACCCAAUGCCACCAUUAGCGCCGCCGCCGACUCCAGUGAUAAUCAACCCGGCACGCCGCAGCCCACGCAACAGCAGCAGCAAUCGACGCAGCAACAGUUGCAGCAGCCACAAUCGCAACAGCAGCAGCAGGCCAUGGGUGGAGGAGAUCCCCAGCAGCAGCAGCAACAGCAGCAGCAGGUAACGGGCAUCACCCACCAGCCGUACGCCACCCACCACAUGUACUCCGCAUCUGGCGGACAGCAGCAGCAACAGCAGCAGAUCUACGGCGGACUCUACGGCGGGGACAUGCAGCAGCAGCAGGGCUACGCCAGCAGCUACAUCAACAGCUACGAGCAGUUCUACCAGCAGCAACAGCAGCAGCAGCAGGGCACUGAUUACGCCUUCGGCGCCGUUGGCGUUGACUACGGCAAGAGCGCCGGUGUGCGCUAUCAUCCCUACCUGCAGACGCCAACCUCCGGACUGGGCGGCAUUCCAACGGCCAGCGCGGCACAGGAGGAGGCGGGCAGUGCGCCCAGCGCGGUCAGCACCACCACAGCGGUGGCCAUGAGUCCGCGUGUGGUUAGCAGCAGCAGUCCAACGUCGACGUCCUCGCACCUGCAGCUGGGCAGCUCCAGUGGCCAGACACCAGGCUCACCAGGCGGAGCCGCCGGAAGUGCCGGAUGCAAGUUGCAGUGCAAGAAGUGCGGCAUCCUCACCACCAACGAGUCGGAGCUACAGGAGCACAUCGCCAACGUGCACGGGGAGUCGCCGUACGGCAGCAGCGGCUACGCCAGUUCGCCGUACAUCAAGGAGGAGAUGCCCACGCCACAGCCACCCGGCGUUGGAUCCGCAGCGGCCAAUCCCGGCGAGUUACUCGACCUAGAUUCCCAGAAGAUGGUCUAUCACCAGCAGCUGCUCCAGCAGCAGCAGCAGCAACAACAGCAGCACGACGUGGUCGCUGGACUGCCGCUGGGCGCUCUGCCGGAUCCGCUGCACUCGAUGCAGUCCAUGCAGCAGCGCGCACUCCACAGCUGGGAGCAGCAGCCACAGCAGACGGUGGCCUCCGUGGAGGGCCUGCCACCCUACAUGCAGCAGGGAUUGGGCGUGGGGCUGGGAGUAGGCGUGGACAAGUCGCCCUACUACUCGCCAAAGCAGUCACCCUAUCAUCAGUCAACCGGCGUUGGCGGAGCCACGCUGAUCAAGCAGGAGUACGGCGGCCACGGACUGAUCAAGUCCGAGUAUCCCGAUUCGCAGCAUUACGUGGACAAGUCCUUCGAUCCCACAGCUGGCGGAGCCGGUGGCGCGGAACUGUGCGCCAGCGUGGCCACCAGUCCGGCGGAGUUCCCCAGCACCACCACGGGCGGACCCGGGCAGGAGGGCGCGGCGGGUGCGGCGCCAGGAGGUGGAUACCGCGGUUUCGAGCCACCCAGCUCGAGCUCCGUGCUGCCGGCCAACAGCCUGACGGCCAAGGCGGCCACCUGGAAGUCGAACGAGGCGCGCCGUCCGAAAACGUACAACUGCACGGCCUGCAACAAGUGGUUCACCAGCUCGGGCCAUCUGAAGCGCCACUACAAUACGACGCUGCACAAGAACGCGGUUAAGUCGAGCGGUCAGCCGGAUCCAGCCACCCUGCCCAUCUCGGCGCACCACCAUCCCGCUCGCGACCCGGUGACGAAGCCCAGUCGCAGGGGCAAUGCCGCAGCCGCUGCGGCCGCCGCUGCGGCUGCCGCCUCGGCCAGCGGUCAGGGUCAGCAGCAACAGCCGCCGAUAGCGCCGCCGCCGGCCAAUGUGCCACCCCCGGAGCCGCCCAGAAGUCCGCCCGAUUAUGGCGGAGGAGGCGGCUUGGGCGUGGGAGCGAUGGGCGGCGCUGCCAUGUCCCAGUACUCGGCCUCACCCUCGCCCACGCAGCAGCAGCAGCACCACCUCAACCACCAUCAGCAGCAGGCCAACGGCUAUGCUAAUGGCACCGCCAACGGCUAUGGCUACAUGCAGCAACAAGUGCAAUCCACGACAAACGCUUCACCACAGCACGCUUCCAACAACAACAGCAACAACCAGCAGCAGCAACAACAGCAGCAGCACCAUCAGCAGCAGAUGCCGCAGCACCACAACUCCGUUUUGAACGGUCACCCAAACGGGCUAGCAGGUCCCUCCGCCCCACACAACAACAACACCACCCAAAUGCCGUCCUCCCAAAUGAGGGGCCUGCUGAACGAAACAACAACCACGCCGCCACCAACAACAACAACCCGAGCACCACAAAUCACAACAACAGCAAUAACAACAACAACGGCGGCCACCACGGUAGCUAUAAAGAGCGAGCAAAUGGAGGACAGCAACCACACUCACACCCACACCCACACACACACGCAUCCCAAUCACAGUCACAGCCAGGACAGGAGCCACAGCAGCAGCAGCAGCAGCUCAAUGGCCACGGAGGAGGCGGAGGAGCAGGAGCUGCGGGAUCAGGAGCAGGCGGACGAUCACCUGCAUCAGCAUCAACAGGCGUCGCAGCAGUAUCUGCUGGCGGCGCGCCACUACCACAGCAGCACGCCCAACACGCUCAGCAGCAGCAACACCAAUCCCAGCACGCCCAGCAGCAACUCGCCCCAUACUAUCUACCGGCAGGAGCAGCAGGGAACGGAUUUCUCGCGCACCACCCCGCCGCCGCAGCCGCUGCCGCCUAUGGGAAUGCUGCCGCCUAUGGCAAUGGACUACAACAUGCUGGCUUUGGAUAUGCCCAUGCCCAUGCCCACGCUCAUGCACAGCAAUAUGCUGCAGUGCAGCAGCACCAGCACCACGCCGCUAGCUACUACCAUCACCACCAGUAUGCCGGACACUAUGCAGCCGCCGCAGCAGCAGCUGGUGCACCACUACCAGGCGGUGCUCCACCCGCUCCAUCAGCAGCUGGGGGAGCAGCACCAGCGCCAGGAGGCGGAUCAUCAUCAGCAGCAGCGGGAGCUUCACCAACUGGAUCAGCAGCAGCAGCAGCAGGCGUUAAUCCUGGCGGACAGUUUGCCGCACAGCAGCAGUUCGCCCACCAGCAGCUCCCCACCGCCCACCAUGCCCAUGCCGCUCACCACCAUCACAGCGCCGCAGCUGCUGCCGCUGCAGCCGCCGCCGCCGCACAUCACCAGCACCAUGCCCAUGCCGCCCACCAUGCACAUGCCCAUCAUGCCGCCGCCGCCGCAAUGCUACCAGCAGCUGCAGCCGCUGGACCCCACAAUGAGCUAUCACACUAUUAUUGGUAGUGGCCCGGAGGCGCAUGCCGGAGCGGCCGGCGGGGGCUACAGCAACCAGAUCACCACCAGCGAUGGCCAGAUCCUGCAGCUGAUGCCAACAUCCCUGUUCGCGCCCUAUGCCCCGCUCUCGCCGUACUCGGUGGCCGCCCAGCGGUCGCCGCAGGAGGGCGACCUGCCGCCGGUCCACACGCUGACCACGGCCCUGCAUGCCCAUCAGCAGGGCGGGCAGCAGGAGGCGCAGACGCCAACGCUGACCGUGCUCUCCACGCCCUACUCGCCCACAGUGAGCAGCUCGCGGGCGACUCCCGCGCUGGAGAUGGACAUGGCCACGCUGAUGCAGCACCAGCAGGACUAUGAGAUGGAGCAGUACCAGAUGCAGCACCAGCAGUUGGAGCAGCUGCAGCAGCAACAGCAGCAAAUGGACCACCAGCAGCAGCAACAGAUCCUGGCGGAUCAGACCCAGUCGAUGGCCCAGCAGCCGCUGGCCAAGAAGCGGCGUGGCGGCAACGCAACACCAUCGACGACGAAGCGACGGCGGAACAGCAGCGUCGGAUCGACGUCGCCGCACUCGACCACCCUGCCCUCGGGACGGAUCAAGUGUCUGGAGUGCGACAAGGAGUUCACCAAGAACUGCUACCUCACGCAGCACAACAAGAGCUUCCACUCCGCAUCCAGGAGGCAGAACAAAUCGCAUCCAUCGAUGUACCCAGGGAACGCCCAGCGACGGAUCAAAAUUUAAGCGAAUUGAAUUAUUUCGGACAAACCGCGAACUCGGCGCCUUGGCAAGGACACCAAGGAAGGAAGGAUACCCGUAAAUUUGAACGGUGUAUGGUGGACUAACCACAUGCACUCCAAGCAAACCAACCAACCAACCCCUCUCGAUCAUCAUCAUCAUCAACUGCACAAAGGAUUCCAGGAUCUAUAGAUCUACAUGAACGUUUUUUGUUUGUUUGUUUUUGUAUUCCUAGUGCAAUCAACUAGUUUCUGGUCGAGAGAAAGACGAACCCAAGAAAGAAGAACCCCCGAACGAAAUCGAAUCUCCUUAGCGUAAAUUUAGCAUAUGUAACUCUUUGUGUAUCCAAGGAUCCAAGUAGCCAGCCAAAUAGCUGCACCAAUCCGGGCAUUAUCUCGCGUACUUUUAGCCCACUCACCCAACGCUCCUAGCCACAAAUCCACACACAAAUGCAAUUGCAACCAUUAAGCUGUACAUACAAAGGAUCAAGGACUAAAACUUAGAUGGGCAGGAUUGAGAAGAUGCAGCAGAAGAACAUUGUCUCCUAUAUCAACAUUGUGCAUAUCAUUUAUUGGGCAAACGACAAAAUAAGGAAAAACAAUAAUUAAACUUAAAUAGCAAAAGGUUAAAAGCAGCAGGGGCAAUACUUUUAGUUGAAAUUGAUUUGAGUUGAAUUGAAUUGGCUCGCCUUGCGAAACGCAUUUCAUCCGUCAGUUGGGAGUGUCUACUGUGCAAUAUGAAACUAACAGAUGUAUUCUUUUUUUUUUUUUUUGUAUCGAAAUGUUAAGGACGAAAACUAGCGAUAGCAAAGAACCACAAAGGAUUACCUCGGCAGAACCGCUCAGAAAGUAAUAGAAAUCUACCUCGUUAGCAAUAAAACAAUGAUCGAUUGAAGAUCGGAUCAGAUCGGCAGGAAUAUUUUAGUUUUAGUUAUAGUUUUAGUUUGGGAAGGCGAACGAAUCGAAGAGAAUGUCAACUAAUUAUACGUAAACCUAAAACAAAUAACUUUAAAUGUAAUUGUUUAUAUGCUAUUUAUACACACACCUAUACAAUAUGUAUGUAUAUCCUGUACGAAGGAUACUUCUAGGCUUAAUGGCCACGCCCCCUGCGCCACCCAUCCCCCCAACCCUCGAGUUGCGCGGCAUUGUCAUCAGUUUAAAUUUGAAUCUUUACAGUUUGGCCAGCUACCGUGAAUUUGUUGCUCAUAUGACAACGCAACGAACACGCCCCCCGGGGGGCGGUGGCGCAAGGUGGGCGGGCGGUGACCACACCCACAACCACAUCUAUACCCUGCCCCAAUCAUCUCAACAACGAAAAUCCCAUUGAGAACUAGAGAGUGGCAGCGAAGCAAGUGAUUUCGAUGGUCCUGCAAGCAAUUAUAAUUAUGAUGCAACAAUUGGAGUUUGUCCGCUCUAUUUACAUACAUAGAUAUAUGUACAUAUAUACAUAUAUAUGUAUAUGCGUGCUACUGAAAAGGAUUCAUCAGAAUACGUUCGAUUUAAAGAGUAUCCUUGCAGGACUAUUACAUUUUUCGGAACACCGAAUCUAUCUUAUUCCACCCCUCGUUUGUGUUUGCAACUACAUAUGUGCAAACUAUAGUUCUAUUUUAUUUUUUUUUUCUUGAUGCAGAACACCUAAGCAAUACUUGAUGCAGGCGAAAACCACUUUGGUUCUGAUUAUGACCCUUGACCCUUUCGGUCUGAGCCAAAUGCAAUUUCUUCAGGGAAAAACCGAAGCGAGAGAAAGUAAACAUAUUUAAAUUAUGUAGCAACUACAUGUUAAAUUUUAGCAAUUAAUUAUUGAACAAAAGGGAGCACAACAAAAAAAACCCGAACGAAAGCAACCUACAAAUUAUACACACACACACAUACGAAUAUGAUGAUCGGGUAUAUGUAUAUUUAAAGGAUAAAAGAACAUUUUAAGCAGCACCAAGUGAAAAAAACGAACACGAAACACUGAAAUCAGCCAUGGAGUUUAUAGGAAAAGUAUGUGUAUGUAAAUAUGGGUGCUUCCUUUACAAACCGACCGGAAAUUCAUAAUAAUAAUAUUUGAUUUUAUUCACAUUUCGGCGAAAACUCAAUCAAUAUGUUUAAAGUUAUAAGUGGAUAAUGAAUUCCCUUCGGUUUGUAAAGGAAUUUCCCACAUGUGUGUGUCGUAGUAAUGCCAAAAUAAAAAAAAAGAAGGAAAAACACUUUAAUUAUAUUCAAUAAUUCGACAAGGAACCGUGUACCUCUACUAACGCUCCACCAAAAAUAGGAAAAGCACACAGAUAAUGGUUUAAAAAUAUCGAAAUCAUUGUCGACUGCAAACAAUGAUUUUUCGUAUAUGUUGUGUGUGUGCGUGCAUUGGUAUUUGUACAUUUUUACAGACUUAUGGCCACAAAAACAAAACCGAACAAGAAACAAGUAACCUCAAGAGAACCCAUCUCGUAUCAGGAAUUUUAACAAAGAUUUUAUAUAAUAAAAGUUAGGAAAACUCAGUGUUGAAAAGUCAGUCUAAAUAUAUAUAUAUAUAUAUAUGAAUAUGUAUAUGUAUAUGUAUGUGUGUUCUCUAAUAAGCACAUCUCAAUGUACCCAAAAUGAAUUUAUAUAAAUUGUCACCCGUUACGCAUCCCUAAAAUACACCUGUACAUACAUCUAUGUGUACAUCCAUGUAAACGGAGGGGUCCCCUCCCCCUACGCCUCACCACCCCCCUCACAUUGAAAAUUGUCAAGCCAAAAAAAAAAGAAACCAAAAGGUAUUGAAAGUAAUGCAAAAACUGACACACGACAGACGAAAAAUGAAUUUUUUUGAACCGAAAUAAAGAAUGUAAACUACA